GCAGCACACCUUGGUCCAGAGCGAGGUUUCGAUUCUAAUAAAGUAUUUUCACCUUUUCUGACAUUCAAAUGUUAUGUCAGUUUGCUAUUUAGUUACGUCCCACAUGUUUAAGUGUACUUCUGUUGGCUAGUCUCGUAAUUUCUAUAUGUUCUUGAAUGACGUAACUAUCAAUAAAUGUCCUUGGAUGAGUCGCUAGCUAACAGUGGGAGAAAAGGUUUCCAGCAGCUCGCGCUCAUUCAUUGAUUCAAAGUAAUCAUGGCAGAACAAAGCCUACUGGAAACUGAGGCGAUACAAUGUAACGUUAAUGCUAAAGACACCGGCUUCAAAAAACGUUUAGGACUGAUCGCAACUGGAAUUGUCGGGGGGUCAUUGGUUGCCCUUUACGCUGUUGCAGGUCCAUUUGUUGCACCUGCUUUGAGAAAGGUGUGCCUACCUUAUGUUCCCGCAACUACAGCACAGGUGGAAAAUGUCCUGAAAGUGCUGCAGGCGAGAUCUGGAUCCCUCGUGGACAUCGGAAGUGGGGAUGGAAGAAUAGUGAUAGCAGCUGCAAAGAAAGGAUUUCGAGCUGUUGGAUUUGAGUUGAAUCCAUGGUUGGUGUGGUACUCCCGUUACAGAGCUUGGAGAGCGGGUGUUCAUCAUUCUACUUCCUUCCACAUUUCAGAUUUAUGGAAGGUCAGCUUUAAUCAGUACUCAAAUGUUGUCAUAUUUGGAGUACCUCAGAUGAUGGAUAAGUUGGAGGGCAAACUGCAGACAGAACUACAGAGCACAGCUAAAGUGGUGGCCUGCCGUUUCCCUUUUCCCACCUGGGCACCUGAUGGCACCGCUGGAGAAGGAAUAGACACUGUGUGGGUAUACGAUGCAGAGUCGUUCAAAACAGAAAGAGGAACACAUCAGGGACAUUUUGUAACUCCACAUCAGCCCCUGGGCAAUGAUGACACUACCACGUCAUACUAAUUGUGUUCAUCCCUGAAUGCCUCAGGGAUUUGUUGCUUUGAAAAUCAUUCCCAGGAUGUUAUCAAAUGUGUGAGUCAGUAAUAAAAAAAGUGAUAAUUUAAGCAAAUUC